AUGGUCCUGAUCGUUGCAGUGGAAAUUGAUCGUGGUACCGAGCUAGAUAACACAAUGAAAAACAGUCCCGACAUCAGAGCAUUCCUGGACAUCGCUUUACCUGCAGCUUAUAUGAAAAAGGAUAGUGUUGACCAUGCACCAGUACAUCCAACUACACUCUGUAAAGCAGAUAAUAGUGCUCUUAAAAACUCAUUGAAUAAUGGUCAGGAGCAAAAGGCUAGCCUAUCGCAAGAUUUUUUACCGUCCGAAAUUGAAGAACUCCCACAUGAAGCUAAGGAUGUACUCAAGCGCUUGCUCGAAGUCGACCCAAAACAACGUUUACGUUCGGUCUUAUCACUACAAAAAAUCGCGCUAUACAAAAACUUCAAAAUUGAUUCAAAACAUUUGCUCAAUCUCCGCCCAAUUAAUAUGAUAAGUCCUGAUGAUAUUGAUGCCUUUACACAGACUUCCGAAGAUAAAAGUGACUGGGCAGAAAAACAAUUUUACAAAUUUUAAAUCGAAUACUAAAAUAAUUUGCUAAUUAAGUUAUUAGUUUAAAUUUACAUUUAACACAAGUUUUAUCGAUUUCAAGAGCAACUUGAAAUAACAAAACUAAAAAACUUAGCAAGCUGAAUUAGGUUAUAAUUCCUGAAGAAUCACUGUGUCAUGUCUUACAAAUAAAACUUAACAUUCUAAAAAUGUAUCAUUACCUAG